UGUGGGUAAACUACAAGCUACCCCAUACUACUCCUAUGUGGUCUCAGGACAUUGCUCCCAGAUUCCACUUAAGCUAACUAGAAAUUCAGAAAUUCAGUUGCUGAUUGCAAGGGGAAAAUGGCCACACACACACACACCAGCAAAGCAGUGGCCCAAGGCCCUAACACCCCAGUUCCCACUUAUCUGCUCUGAAGGCAGAGGCUUCUUUUUGGGAAAUAGCUUGGGGACCACGGGCCCACUGCUUCUGAAUUGACUUUUCCACUGUUUUCCUUAUCCUCCAAUUCCAUCAGUUACUUGAGAAAAAGUCCCAGCUCGGGGCAAGCUAUGCCCAGAAGAGCAGGAGUGAUGGGCUAGAUCAAGCUAUGCCUUACUCAUGGCUUCCACAAAACCAGUUCUGCCCACCUCCUCCCUGAAGUAACAGCUGGACCACGAAGUUGAGGCCACAGCAUGAAUGCUAAGGACGCACUUCGCUGGGCACAGCUGUAAUCCGACACGCAGGAGACUGAGUUCCAUGGGAUCAAAGUACUCGCCUCUGACCAGCAAAACAGCUGAGGCCAGACUCGCGUGGUAGAGCCGGCCUUGGGCAAGCGCAAGGCGCCGGGGUCGAGGCCGGCCCGAGGCCCUCUGCCGCGCUGGCUCGGCCUGGGGGCCUGUGUUUCAGGGCGUCACAUCCCACCCGGCCCAAGAUGGUCUCCGCGGCUCCCCCGCCGCUGCCGCCGCCGCUGCUGCUGGGUCUGCUGCUGCUGCAGCCGCCGCCGCUGCCCGGCCUCGCGCCCCGUGCGGCCGUCUGUCCUGCCGCCUGCCGCUGCUACAGCGCCACGGUGGAGUGCGGCGCCCUGCGGCUGCGCGUCGUCCCGCCCGGGAUCCCCGCGGGGACGCAGACCCUGUUCCUCCAGGACAACAGCAUCGCGCGCCUGGAGCCCGGCGCGCUGGCGCCGCUCUCCGCCCUGCGCCAUCUCUACUUGCACAACAACAGCCUGCGCGCUCUGGAGCCCGGCGCCUUCCGCGCGCAGCCGCGGCUGCGGGAGCUGGCGCUCACCGGGAACCGGCUCCGCGGCCUGCGAGGCGGCGCGUUUGCGGGCCUAGCCCAACUGCGAGUCCUCUACCUAGCGGGCAACCAGCUGGCGAGGCUGCUGGACUUCACCUUUUUACACCUGCCGCGACUACAGGAGCUGCAUCUGCAGGAAAACAGCAUUGAACAGCUGGAGAACCAGGCUCUGGCUGGACUCUCUUCUCUUGCCUUGCUAGACCUCAGCAGGAAUCAGCUGGGCACCAUCAGCAGAGAGGCCCUACAGCCCUUGGCCAGCCUACAAGUUCUGCGCCUUACAGAGAACCCAUGGCGCUGUGACUGCGCCCUCCACUGGCUGGGCACUUGGAUCAAGGAGGAAGGCCAGCGUCUGCUCAGCGCCAGAGACAAGAAGAUCACGUGUGCGGAGCCCCCGCGCCUGGCGGCGCAGAGUCUGCUGGACGUGUCGGGGAGCAGCCUCAUCUGCAUCCCACCCACCGUGCACAUAGAGCCGCUGGAGCUCACGGCCGGCCUGGGGGAGGACCUGCGCGUGGCCUGCCAGGCGUCCGGCUACCCGCAGCCGCUAGUGACCUGGAGGAAGGUGUCGCGGGCGCGCGAGGGCGGGCCGCAGGCCCGGGCCCAGCUCGAGGGCGGGCCGGCGGGCCCGGGCGCGCCCGCGGCGCGGGACACGGGCAGCGGCAUGCUCUUCCUCACCAACAUCACGCUGGAGCACGCGGGCAGGUACGAGUGCGAGGCCGCGAACGCGGGCGGCGCGGCGCGCUCGCCCUUCCAGCUCCGGGUCAACGCGUCCGGGCAGCGGCCGCAGCCGCCGCGGGCCUCGCCGGGCCCCGCCGCGCGCGCUCCGGGCCGCGCCCCGCGGCUCGACGCGGGCAGCAUGGCCUUCCGCGCGCUGGGCCUGGCCACGCAGACGGCCAUCGCGGCGGCCAUCGCGCUGCUGGCGCUCACCGCGCUGCUCCUGGCCGCCAUGAUCUGCCGCCGCCGGCGCCGGCGCCGCAAAAAGGCGGCGCCGCCGGGCGAGGGCGCGCUGUUCGUCCGCGACUACUCGGACGGGCCCUGCACGUCGGCGCAGCUGGAGGAGCUCCGCGGCGAGCGCGGCCACGAGAUGUUCGUCAUCGACCGCUCCAAGCCGCUCUUCGCCCCGGGGCCGGCGGAGGCGCCCGCGGACCCCGGCCUGGCCCAGGGCCCUGCCCCCGGACUCCGCCUCCCGCCGCGCGUCGCCUACGAGAUCCACUGCUGAGCCG